AUGGCCACUCUCCAGAAACCUUUCGUGAAGCAAGCGGUUGCGGCGAUCACGGCGGCCAAACCUCUUGAUGUAGCCGGAGGCUGCUUUUCCCCUGACAACAUCCAGACAACUGGGGAAGUGCUCGAUGCCUCAACCAACGAGACCCAACAUCAAUAUCAAGAAAGCCGAAGAUCCAACGAUUCCAUCAGCAGCGAAUCUAGCGACUCCACCUCCAUCAUAUCCAUCAGAUCCAACACCAGCGAAGCCGCUACUAGCGAGUCUUCCCUCGAAUCGUCUGACAUUAUCACCGAGGACAGCGUAAACAUAGCCUCCUCCGAGAAUACAACGCAGGAUACCUCUCCUGCAACGCAAGAUACCUCUCCUGCAACGCCAGAUUACUCGGGAAAGGCAUCCAGGAAGGGGUCCCGGACCAGCAGCUGUGACUCCAAAGCCAAAAUUCGCAAGCAGGAGCGCCUAGAGCUCAAACAACUAGAGCUCAAAGAACAAGAUCUCGAUGAAAUAGUAAAGACAGUGGUCGAAGUUGAGCAGGCAAGACGCGAGUCCGUCCAAGAGGCCGUGGAGUUCAUCAAAGAUUUUGUCAUGGAAAACUGGGAGACCGAGUGCGAGAACGGCCACGUCAAGAUCACCUGCGAUAUCACAAUGGACAACAUGAUGGAGAUUGGUCGUCUUGAACAGAAAGAGGGGUGGCGGGAGUGUCUCAAGCUGGUCAAGGCUCCUGUCAUUCACGACGCAAUCGGCCUGGGCCUCUGGCAGGAGCUGGCCAAACAGGUACUUGAAAAAGACGCUCUGGAGAAAGCCGUCUCAGAGGAAGCCGCCCUGGAGAAAGCCGCCCUGGAGAAAGCCGCCCUGGAGAAAGCCGCCCUGGAGAAAGCCGCCCUGGAGAAAGCCGCCCUGGAGAAAGCCGCCUCAGAGCAAGCCGCCUCAGAGGAAACUUUGGCCGUGAUCAAAAGGUCACUCGGUGAUCUCUUCAAGGGGACUGAUGCCCACAAGAGGAAGAGAGAAGGCUCCGGUCAAAUGGAGGAUGUCCGAAGGGCAGUGCCGAGGUUGGCGGCGAAAUCCAACAUGAUCGAUUCCGUCCCAGCAGACACCUCGACUUCUGAGCAGCACAGUAGCAACAGCGACGUGUCUACAUCCCUCGUUAAGCUGAAUCAAGUCCCAUGCCCGACGUGCAAGCGGGAACGCGCUUGUACGCCGCCGGCCAGCCCUGUGGAUUUCCCAAAAAGGGACAGCAUCUCGAGGCGCCUAUCUUUGCGAUUGACGAGUUCUUUUGGAGAUAUGGCGGGUGGUUAUGGAGGGAGAUUCACGGCGUGA